AUGAAAUUUGCUAAAGUUUUGGAGCAAACGCUUAUCGAAGAAGAUAUCCCAGAAGAAUGGAUUGAGGCGGCUAUUCAGUAUAAGUCUUUAAAAAAAUGUAUUAACAAGGUAGUAAGUGAGCUUCAAUUUUUAGGACUAGAGCAAAAUACGUUGAAGUUGAUCAUAGAUGACAAAACCAGGCAUCAAGUGGUUGAGAUGGAUAAUAAUGAAUACACGCCAAACAACCCUGUGGUAGCAGAAUAUACGUUGACAAAGUCAAAUUUUGACCAAAGUGACCACAUUAUACCCAUGUUGAAGAUCAGUAUUGACUAUAAUAAUGCAGACGUUUCUGACGAUCAUAUCAACGAGAUUUGGUUGCGGUUGAAAUCGAAAAUUGAGACGUUAAUAGACAACGACGACAGUAUUAUUGAAAGUGUUAGCAAUAGAAUAUAUGAGUUGAAUGAGGACCAGGUGUUAUCGCCUCAUGGAUCUAGAAGAGAAGGGUCGCCCAUUCCUGAAGACUGUCUUGAGCAAAUUGUGGGGAAGAAUUUGGAUAAGUCAAGUAAGAGAAGCGAAAUGUUAAUCAUGUUGAAAUCAGACUCCCAAUUCUUCCAAAUGCUUAAUGGAGAAUUGGAGAAUCUUGACAAGUUGAAGCAAGAUGAAGAAACAAAAUUAAUACAAGAAGUCAACGCCAUAAGUGAGUCAAUUCAAAAAUUGGCUAAUCCUGCCAAAGGACCGCUUAGAAAGUCGGAUCUUUAUAAAUGGAGAGAGCUUUUCAAGAUAUACUUGGAUUCAGAGGUUUAUUUCAAGUACAACGAAACUUCUGUUUCUGCCUCCGAAAGAAACGGCGAGCAGGUGAAACGUAAUUUAAAUGAGUUUAUCAGACGUGUCGAAAAAACAUCAUUGACAGAUCAAUUUCAAAAUAAAAAGAGCAUGGUCGCAUUCAAUCAAUUUUUGAAUAUGAAUUUUCACUUGCUAAAGGUUCUCCAGUUCCAGUCAAUCAAUUCAACCGCUUUCAGAAAGAUCUUAAAAAAAUUCGACAAGCAGACAUCCUUGGGUGUGAAAUAUAAAUUUCCAAAAUUGAUAUCCAAUGACCACAUCUUUAUUACUGGUUCCUCAAUAGCUCAAUCCAUUUGUUAUGUUAUACAAUCAUCCAUUCUAACCCUAGUCCCUCAAUUAGACGACUACACCUGUCCCAUCUGUACAUCUGUCGCCUUCAAACCUAUCAAAUUAAACUGUGGUCAUAUAUUUUGCGUGCGGUGUCUAGUCAAACUUAAGCAACAGAAAAAGGUUGAUUGUCCUAUCUGUAGACGUGAAAAUUCUAUCGCUUACGCCGAUAGUACAAACUUAGAUGUAGAAGCCAUGGCAUUAAUGAAGCAAUAUUUUCCCUUAGAAGUUAAAGAAAAGCUUAAAGAACGAGACAAAGAAAGGUACGAUGAAAUUGUGGGGGAUAGCAAGUGUAUAAUUACAUAG